AUGACUAACCUCGGGUAUCGUUACCAUACUGGCAAUAACGGAAUUUCCGACAACUCACAGAAAUCCCCCGCCUCAACGGACGGGAUCACAAAACCAUCCUCGGUCUCCUUCUCUAAAUCGCAGGAUAACCACCAGCUGCACAAUUUCGGGAAUUCUGCUCCAACGGAGGAGGACGAAGACCUUGAUGAGGAUGAAAUUGAGGAGAGUAAAUUUUGCACUCUACCACGGAGCGGACCCAAUGCAUUCACCAUCCGACAAGCUCGAUUUGUCAAAGGAAACGGUGCAAAGGCUCUCGGCUUUUCUAUCGUCGGCGGAAAAGACUCCCCCAAAGGAUCGAUGGGAAUCUAUGUGAAAACCAUUUAUCCGAAUGGGCAGGCUGCCGAUAAAGGAACCCUACUGGAAGGGGACGAAAUUCUUUCGGUGAAUGGGAAAGCAUUCCAAGGAUUGUCACACCAGGAGGCGAUCAAUGUGUUCAAAUCGAUCAAAACUGGAGAGGUGGUUAUACUAAUUGGACGGCGCAAUAAUCGAAGAAAGUUGGAUACACCGUCUCCUCAGGGAGUUCCCCAGGCGUGAUCGACCUGGUUGUAACAAGGUGAAGCGAUGUUGACGGUUAGCCGCUUAAGAAACGUACUAUCGAUUUGCGUGUAGAUUACAGUAAGCGGUUUUUCUUAAAAUUGGAUUUCUAAACAAACAUUGCAAUUAUUAGUCAUAGAUAACAUUCAAUGCAAGCAUAUUAUCUACACUUACAUUAACGAAAAAAUCACUUGCUAUUUAAACACCUUAUUCGGCUUUGUUGUAAUCGCAAUAUCAAAAUAUGGAUAUGAAAGCCCAAAAACUUAUAGACUUCUAUGAAAAUAGAAAGUUUACCUUUCUUGUAUCCUAAUCAGUACACAAUAGAAUUAACUGCGACAGCUACAUUAGACAGUAUACAUACAGGAUUGAUAAGUUUAUUUUGUUAAAUGAUGAUUGUAUAAACAUUUAAUCAGGAUUGGCACUAAUUAUCAGGUAGUUUUUUGUGGAAUUCUUAACUCACUGGUACUGAAUUCCAUAUACGAGCCGAUUAGCAUCUUUGAACUUGUAAAACUAAUGCACACCUAGUCUAUUAAACGUGAAUGAAAUGUUUGUGCAAAUUCAAUUGUGAAUUUUGUGAGCUCGGUUUUCUUAACAAUACCAAAGGAUUGUCAUCAAAUGUUUGAGAUCAAAUAUUAUUUUCCACUACAUUUUUGUUAAAUAUUUUGUACAUUCUAUCUUCAAUUGAAGAUAUCGUUAAGAAUCAUGAUUUUAAGUCUCCAUAUAUUUACACACCAUAAUAAAGUGAAUAUGAUAAACACGUUUAUGAACAAGUCAUUUCGAACGAAAAAUAAAUCUUUUCCCU